AAGCCGCGGUGAGGGUGGAGGAGAGCACCUGGGAAAGUUUGCACGUGCACGCGCCGUGCCCUGUCCGCACUGUAAGAGGGUGCGCGCGCCUGGUGUCGGGGACGCGCGUAGGCAGGCUGUGGGGACCGGAGUAGGAGGGAGAGUCGGGCUGGUAAGAGAAGAGAGUCAGUAGUGAGUCGGGAGCAGCGGCUGCAGGACGGAGCCUCCCUGUGCGCUAGUCAUAGCACCUGUCAGGACAACUUCUUCAUUGGGAUUGAUGUGGUGUCCGGGGACAAGCGGGACGUGUGUGACCUCUUGGUGACUACAGUACCAGGACAAGACAGGACUACAUCUACAGGUGCCCACUGUUCGCACCCGGCCGGUCCGGGCGAAUUACACUUCCCAGCCUCCCUUCAUCUCUCUGUGUGUACUGGCAUCGGGAUCUUUCAGCCAUGGCAGCAAGUAGCCUCCUGACCGUGUGUGUCCUGUGUGCGACCGCCUUCCGGACAGGUUUUGGAUUCCAUACAGUUAGUGCAAUUUAUGGAGAAACAAUCAAUAUACCUUGUGGUCAAGAUGUAAUGCAAGACCUUCUGUUUGGGAAAUGGAAAUAUGAAAAGCCAGAUGGAACUGCGGUUUUUGUAGCUUCGCGGUCUGCAGUGAAAAAAUCAUUCAAUUUUGAUGAUGUACCAGAGUAUAAUGGUCGCCUAAACCUAUCGGAGAACUACACCUUGUCUAUUUCCAAUGCAAGGAUUAGCGAUGAAAAGAGAUUUGUAUGCAUGCUCAUAACAGAAGAUAAUGUUUUUGAAGAGCCCACAAUAAUCAAAGUAUUCAAGCCACCUUCAAAACCUGAAAUUAUAAACCAGCCAACAUUUUUGGAAACGGGAAAGCUAAACCUGGUUGGAGACUGCGUUGCGAAAGACAGCUAUCCAGAUGGCAAUAUUACAUGGUACAGAAACGGCCAAGUGCUUUUGCCAGUAGAUGGAGUUGUAACUAUGGAGUGGUGGAAAGAGAAAAACUCAACAAGUGGUCUUCAUAGCAUGCGAUCAACGUUGGAGUACAUGUCAACAAAAGAGGAUAUAAAUGCACAGUUUUCAUGUGCAGUGACUUUUUACAUGCCAGAUGGGCUGGCAACUAUGAAUUCUGAUCCAGCUGCAUUCAAUAUUUACUAUCCUACAGAGAAGGUGACAAUUCAUGUACAGUCCCCCAAAAAGACAAUAAAAGAGGGAGAUAACAUCACACUGAAAUGUAUAGGGAAUGGCAAUCCCCCUCCGGAGGAAUUUUUGUUUUACCUUCCAGGUCAAGAAGAGGGAAUACGUAGUUCAAGUGCCUACCAUAUAACUGACAUAAAGAGAAAUGCAACAGGAGAUUAUAAAUGUUCUUUGUUAAAUAAAAUCAUGAUUGCUUCAACAAUGGUAACAGUACAUUAUUUGGAUUUGUCACUUACACCCAGUGGAGAAAUAACUAAGCAAGUUGGAGACAGUCUUUCUGUUUCAUGCAUUCCUUCUGCUAGUAAAAAUGUUUCAGUCACGUGGAUGAAGAACCAAAAAAUCCUUGCACAGCCAUCAUUCUCAAAUCUACAAUACAGAGAUUCAGGUGUUUAUGAAUGUGAGACCAGCCUUAUGGAAGUUGAUGGUCUGAGAAGAAAAAAGACACUAAGCCUUACUGUAGAAGGAAAACCACGGAUUAAACUCUCAAAAAAGACAAAUUCUGAUGGAAAGUCGAAAACAAUCCUAUAUGAGGUAGAUGGCUAUCCAAAACCUGAAGUGCAAUGCAGCAGAUUAGGCAAUGAUUUAUACUUGAACAAAACUGAAGAGACUAUGUUAAGUAACGGAAAAUAUUCUGCUAAAAUUAUAAUUUCCCCAGAAGAGAAUGUCACUAUUAUCUGCAGUGCUGAAAACAAAUUGGGGCGGGAGGUCCAUUCAUUAAAUGUCUCUGCUAUAAGCUUUCCAGAAACAGAUGAUGGUGUUAAUAGCAGUGGUGACAAUAAUGACCAUGCAAAACUUAUCGUGGGAAUUGUUGUUGGUCUUCUACUUGCUGCACUGGUUGCUGGAUUAGCCUACUGGUUAUACAUUAAGAAAUCAGGAAGCAGGAGCAGCCGGCACAUACAGGAGCAGCCGGCAGGAGAACGUGGGUGGGACAGACUGAAAGAAGGAGCAGCGGACACGCUCUCAACGUCAAAACAUGUAGGGAAAGAACUUGGUAACACAGAAGAAAACAAAAAACUAGAAGAAAACAAUCAUAAAUCAGAAGCAUAAAAACGGAAAAUACUCACGGGAAACCAUGAUGAACAGUUUGAAGCAUGACUAUGGAUUGUAAUUAAUGGGAAUGUAUAACGGAGCUGCAAAUGUUCAUGGUCAAAGUAUUAAAAGUUUGUACCAAGUCGUCACAGGAUAAUGACAAACACUGCAAAGAAUCAACACAAAAACUGUUCCAACAGCCAUGAUGAUAGCUUACCAUGUUGUGUUCUUUUUUUUUUUUUUUUUUUUAAUGUAAAUGUCUGCACUGAACAUUUUUGUUUGCCUUUUAUGUAAAUUUUUUUACGUAGCUAUUUUUAUACACUGUAAGGCUUUGUUCUGGGAGUUGCUGUUAAUCAGAUGUAUAGCGUAUUGUUAUUAUUUUUAUGACACUGUUUGAUGCGCAGGUACAUUUUGACUUGAGAUUGCUAUCGGUAAAAUGUCAAAGGCGAUACACUAAGGUGUAACAGUUUCUUUGGGGUUUUUUUUCUGUAUUCUUUUAGGUCAUUUCUAUUUACAUACAUUAUAGAUAUUUUCUUUCAGUUUACUGGGAAAUUGAACAGGGUGUGUAAGCACUUGCUGGUUCCCGGUGGAUAAGGUAUUUCACACAAAGCUGCAGUCAUAGCAAGUUAGAUAUUUUACCGAUAGCAUUAUAGACAGAAAUUAUGUUCACACAAUUAAUCUUAAAGUAACUUCAAACCUGUUUUUUUAUUUUGUCCACUGCCUUACAAAUAUCACAGUUUUGGGGAAAAUUUUAUAUUGCAACAAUAUGGUUCCCCAAUUGUCCGUCGAAAGAGUACAUUUUACUCUUGUCGAAGAAGGUUAAUAUUGAAGGACCCAUGUAACUUAUAGAUAGUAUAGUACUCUCAUCAUGCUGUGUUUAUCAUUUUGAUUACAUAUUUAAUUGAUUCUUUUCUUUAUGACUUGUUUAUAUUUUCAGGGUAAAUUAAACGAAUGCCAUUGUCCUUGUUGCAUAGGCUAAGCUUUAAAUGUCAUUUUCUCACUUUCUGUGUAAUGGGAUCUGUACAUUUGCAGCAGAUUCGCUUUUUGCACCUUUUUAUCACUGAUACAAUGCUCACAUUUUGGUCUUGAGGCAGUUUUAAUUAUUAUCAUUAUUAUUAUCCAUAAAAUUAUGAAUCAGAUGAUACAAGUGUAGCAGAUGUUACACAAAGAAGUGCUUCAAUGGUUGUUUUGAUUUCAUAUUUUGCAAACUGGAUAGCUGCUGUAAAGACAGUAGCAUUAAGCAGCUUGUUUAUUUAAUGGACACAGAAAACUGCAAGGAUCAGUCCACUGGCAGCUUAAUGCUGUAGUCUUUAACUAUUUUAAUUCUUGGGGUAUCUGCUUCGCAGUGCGUCGCAGAAUUAGAAAGGGGCCCAUUUGCUUUAUGGUUUUAGUUGCAUUAACCACUACAGAUUAUGGAUGCACCUUCAUAUGAUCUUGUGUUAACUGGUACAUAAUUUAUCAGCCAAUGUCUAAACCAAUAAAAUGUUUUUUUUUGUUUUUUUUUUUGUUAAAUUUGUAACUUUAUAAAGAAAAUAUGUGGACUGUUCAAUCCGUGUAAACAUGGUAUUGUAAACAGACAGCAAGCAAUGCAUUGGAUAUCGCAAGAUGUAUUUCAUCCUCUGUAAAGCUGAAACAUGUUUCAGAGAAUGUACAUAAAGUGUAUUUACUAAAAAAAAUGUG